UAUGCGCGCGCGCAUGUUCUUGCGUUUUCUUUCAUUUCUACCAUUAGGAAACUCGUUGGGGCCACUGGAAACUCAGGAGAGGCUCAGCUUUUAUUUCCCAUGGAUGCCUGCCUUUCCGGAAACGCGACGAGUGUGUAAGCAGAAGGACAUGUGAGCGAGACAAUCGGUUCCUGCUAAGAAAUAAACCACCGGGGAGAACUGACAGCACUGAAGUCCGGGGAGCAGCUGGAGGAGACUGAGGGGGAGCUGGGGUCGGUUGCUCAGCGGGGAUCCGGGCCCCCGCGCUUCAGCACCGGAGGCGAAUGGACAGCGUCUCCCAGCAAGGCUGCAGCCUUUGGGACAGAACUGCGCUGCUGCCUCCACUCUCCUCCCUGCUGCUGUGGUCGCCAAGAUCAGCCCAGCGCUCCCAUCCUCACAACCAGAAGGCGGUGCCUGCGAAUCCCCCUGCCCCUGUUCCCUCUUUUGAUGGAAGAACAGUCCUUUCCCACUCGCCACGCGUAGCUACCUGGUUCCGCCGAGUACUCUUGAUCUACAGUUAAACUCCAGGCAGCAACUUCAAGGAUAAUUUUUCUAGGAGCUGGGUAGAAUGCAGGCAGAGGAGUGAACUGGAAGUUCUUGGCGGCACUGAGGAAUCAUGGGCUCUGCAGCAGGGGCUGACAUACUCAAAGGCCCACAGCUCUCGAAAUAACGUCCCUGAGUGAAUCUCAGCUGUUAUGGAACUAGCUUUGUGAGAGGUUGGAGAUACUCAAAACCCAACUUUGGAGAAGCUAAAAGACUUCUAUUUCUCCACUCAGCAGUCUGCUCUCCAUGAUGUUAAGAUUGCCAAAGAAGUGACCUCAGCCAAGGGAAACACCGCUCUACCUAAUUUCAAGUAAGAAGUCAAACUACUUCCUUCGUGGCGCCACAGCACAUGGAUUUCAGAACUGCCUGUGAGGAGACGAAGACAGGAGUUUGCUUGCUGCAGGAUGGUAAUCAAGAGCUUUUCAAAGUGCGCCUGCACCUCGCCAGAGACAUCCUGAUGCUGCAAGAGCAGGAUGUGCUGUGCGUGUCUGGUGAGCCCUUCUAUUCCGGUGAAAGAACAGUGACCAUCAGAAGACAAACAGUAGGAGGAUUUGGAUUAAGCAUAAAGGGAGGUGCAGAGCAUAACAUUCCAGUUGUCAUUUCCAAAAUCUCCAAGGAGCAAAGAGCGGAACUUUCUGGACUACUCUUCAUUGGAGACGCCAUUCUACAGAUAAAUGGGAUUAAUGUGAGAAAAUGCAGACAUGAAGAAGUGGUUCAAGUUCUUCGGAAUGCUGGGGAGGAAGUGACCUUGACAGUGUCGUUUUUGAAAAGAGCACCUGCUUUCCUCAAACUCCCGCUGAACGAAGACUGUGCAUGUGCUCCAAGUGACCAGAGCAGUGGCACCUCCUCUCCUCUUUGUGACAGUGGCUUGCACCUGAACUACCAUCCCAAUAACACAGACACGCUCUCCUGCUCCUCAUGGCCCACGUCUCCAGGCCUGCGGUGGGAGAAGCGGUGGUAUGACCUCAGACUCAUCCCGCUGCUGCACGCCCGCUUCUCCCAGUAUGUGCCCGGGACCGACCUGAGUCGGCAAAAUGCCUUUCAAGUUGUUGCUGUGGAUGGAGUCUGCAGUGGGAUUCUUCAGUGCCUCUCUGCUGAAGACUGCAUGGACUGGCUACAAGCAAUAGCAGCUAACAUUUCAAACCUCACAAAGCACAAUAUUAAAAAGAUCAACAGAAAUUUCCCUGUAAACCAGCAGAUAGUCUACAUGGGCUGGUGUGAAGCACGGGAGCAGGACCCCCUCCAAGAUCGUGUAUACACGCCUGCCUUUCUCGCCUUGAGGGGCUCAUGCCUUUACAAGUUUCCAGCACCUCCAGUUACUACCUGGGACUGGACACGAGCAGAGAAAACUUUCUCUGUGUGUGAGAUCAUGUGCAAGAUUCUCAAGGACAGUGACCUCCUGGACCGGCGGAAACACUGCUUCACUGUGCAGUCCGAGUGUGGAGAGGACCUGUACUUCUCUGUAGAGUUAGAGAGCGAUCUUGCCCAGUGGGAACGAGCCUUCCAGACCGCCACCUUUCUAGAAGUGGAACGGAUACAGUGCAAGACAUAUGCAUGCGUGCUGGAGAGUCACCUAAUGGGCCUCACUAUUGACUUCAGCACAGGCUUCAUCUGCUUUGAUGCAGCAACCAAGGCUGUACUUUGGAGGUAUAAAUUUUCUCAGCUUAAAGGCUCUUCAGAUGACGGCAAAAGUAAAAUCAAAUUUUUGUUUCAGAAUCCAGAUACUAAACAGAUUGAAGCAAAGGAGCUGGAAUUCUCGAAUUUAUUUGCUGUUCUUCACUGCAUUCACUCUUUUUUUGCUGCCAAAGUAGCUUGUUUGGACCCCCUGUUCUUAGGCAGUCAGGCUGCAGCCUCUGCUGCCUCCAGCUCUGCGACUACCAGCAAGGCAAAGCACCUGGCUUGACUUCCUGCGCUCUGUCUGGCAGGUACCAGGCCUAGGGACACAGAUGAGCAGACUCAUCAUUGAGAUCCGGGAGAAACCACUAUGUGAGCAAGUCAGCAGGGGGUUCAGACCGAAACUUCAGCAGGACAAAGAAGGUCCUGAUGUAUCUUGGAAGGCCCAAACAGACAGGACAGCCUGUUCUCUCUCCUUGGAUCUGCAUCAAGACACAGCUCUUGCCAAACAUGGAGACAAAAGAACAAAUAAUGUAAAGUGUGUAAAUAACAUAAAAAUUGUAAGCUACCUAUAAAUAAAAAUACCAAUUAAAUGGCUAUUUCUCUACUUUAGAUUAUUUUGUAUGACAGAUCCACAUUGGGCCAGAUCGUGAACUAAUGCCUUGUCCUUGUAUUUUGAGUGCAAAGAGGUAAAAAAUGACAGUAAGGAACAUGCGGGAAGCCAACAAAUGUGGAUGCACCUUAAUUCAAACAUGUGAGUUUCUUCCCGUAAUCUCAUUCCACAGUUCCACAUUGACAUUCCAAUUAUGUUUAGCAGAUGAUAAAGCAAGCCACAGAACUUCACAAGGAUUAUCCCACUGACCUAUGGCAAAUGCAGUGGGAAACACACCAUUUCCUUGGGUUCAUUGUCACUGCAAUGAUUUGUUAAAUGCCAAUGUCAACCAGAUACUCCAAAAAUAUAUUAUUAAUGAUACAAAAAUUUGAGAAUGU